AUGCAUAACAUCACACGCCAUAUGAAUGACAGCACGUCACUGAUAUUUGAAAAUGCAACAGCUAUUUUCCCAUACAUCUUCAGAUCACCGCCAUCAUGGGUGUUUCACGAUCUCAUCCCUACUUUAGCGAGUGUACUGUGCGUGUGUGGCCUCUUAGGCAAUGGAGUCGUCAUUUUCGUUAUGAUACGAUACCCAAGCAUGAUCAGCGUACCGAACACAUAUAUACUUAACCUAGCCUCAGCGGAUUUUCUUUAUUUUCUCGGCGUGCCUUUCCUCACUUACUUCAAUACAACUCGUCGAUGGUCUUUCGGCGAUUUCAUGUGUAAAUUUUCUAUGGGUGUCGAUGGAAUGAACACGUUUACUGGAAUAUUCACUUUGACUGCAAUGGCCAUAGAUCGUUAUUUUGCCACCGUUCACGCGGUAUUUUCUACAAGGUUUCGAUGCGUAUUGACGACAAGAGUUGUGUGCAUGGUUCUGUGGUUGGUCUCUAUUAUCGUUACAUUGCCAUUGUGGAGAUACGCUUCAACAGAGACUUACGACAAUGUCACGGUUUGCAGCAUCAACUGCCCUCUAUAUGUAGAACAGCUAUUUGUUGUUUAUUCCUUCUUAACUGCAUUUGUAAUACCACUAACUAUCAUCAUCCUAUGCUACCUUUCUAUUUUAAAUUUCCUCGCAAAUCGAAGAAGAAAUAUGAGAACUCGAACAUUUAAUCUUGGUCGUAUUUCCGUCAUGGUAUUAACAACUGUUAUAUUUUUCUUUGCAUGUUGGUUGCCAUUCUGGGCAAUAAGAAUUAUACUCUAUGUCUCGCCCUCCACACAUUCCCUCGUUUUACAGAUAAUGUAUUAUUGUACUCCUUUACUUAGUUCUGUUAACAGCUGUUUCAAUCCAGUUAUCUAUACAUGGUUUAAAGACGAUUUUCGCAAUCAGAUCAAACAAUGUAUGUGUAACAUGCUGUGUAAACGCCAGAAGAAAAUGCGCACUGAACAUAUGGGUGCAAUGAAUCAAUCACGUCAACGCACAGUUCCAUGUCAUGUGACUGCUUCGAACACAUCCACACGUACCCAACGGGAUGUUACAAAAUGCUGA